AUAGCACAUAAUUAACUAAUUAUGUUUAUGAAGUACGUCACGUGGUCACAAGAACGCACGCUCAGUUACCACCGCACUUUACUGUUUUUCAUUUUCAUCGACUCCAGGUGUUUUUCAUACAAAUAUUUACUGUUCGACUACAACGUUAAAAGUAUGUCAGUGAUAGAAGAUACGUUCUGCCUUGCGUACAAUUUCCGCUUAUGUGAAGUAAAAAAAAAAUAAUUUUUAAAAAAGGCAAAAAAAUCGGGGGACAAAACUGUCAAAAAUAUGAAGACAAUCCUGCAAAAAAGAACACAUUUUUGUAAAACUGAUACAAGUCUAAUAAACACUUAAAAAUUAUAUAUUUUUUUAAAUACAAAAAACAAAAAUUAGACAGAUCAUGCAAAACAACAGACAAAUCUGACCCGAUCUUGCAAAUAAAAAACUGACUAAACUUAAAACAAAAUGCAACAAAAAUGCAUAGUAUUUUUAAAGCAAACUAAAAUACUAGUCUGACAAAAAAGGUGACAAAAAUCAGGGAAAAACCCUGGCAAAACUAGAAAAUCUGGUAAAACGAACAGAAAUCUGACAAUAAAUUACAAAGUGUGCCAACUGGCAAAAUAAUCUGACAAAAACAACCUCAAAAAAAUAAAAAGAUUUUAAAAAGCAUACAAAAAAUGUGACAAUAAACAGAAAGGUCUGAUAUGUGCUGAAAAAUAGACAAGAAUCUGGCACACAAAAAAACAUGGCAGAACUGAUAACAAUCCUGCAAACUUGAAACAAAAAUCUGUUAAUAAGAAAAUGUGACAAAUGCAAAAAUAAUUUAAAAAAAAUAAUAAUACAAAAAGAUUUUAAAAAGCAUACAAUAACAAGACUAUGAGAUUAAACACAAACGCAUGAGAAAAAUCAGGCAAAGCUGUAAGAAUCUGACAAAACCUUACAAAAAAUGACAAUUUACAAAAGCAGACCAAAUAAUUACCCAAACCUGGCAAAUAAUAUACUCAGAGCUGACAACUCGAGAAAAAAACUGAAAAAAUGGGGAGAAAAUAACUGCUAAAAUGUGAUAAUUGACGUCAUCGAGAAACGCCGCGCUCACCAACUGUUGCUGUAAUGACCGAGCGCAACCUGUAGAUGGCAGCCGCGCCGCCUCCCUCUUAAAAGUCACCACCGAAGAAGAAUGAAAGGCGGAUGUUGGCAACACGUUGCUAGUUGGGCUAGCUAACGCGAGCGGAAGCGCGAAAAUGUGCAAAGUGAGAAUGUUGCGAGAGUUGGUGAAGCAGCGGCUGAACGUGGCCGUCGAAGAGAUUUUCCAACUCUUCGAGAGAACCAUCGCGGACUACGAAGAGGAACUUUGUCGCACCAAAGUGGAGAACGAGCGACAACGCCAAAUUCUGGACGCUGUGCUCAAGCCUCAAGUUGGAUUACGCGCAUCGGACAUCCGGCAGGUGUUGGUGGAGAGCGAAGAAGAGGCUCCCUCUGAGCGGCAGGAGGAUCCAGCAGAGCCCUCCGACAUUAAAGAGGAAGAUGAGGAGGGCAAUUGUACCGUCGUCACCGUGAAGAGUGAAGACGACGGCGCUCGACGCGGUGAGCAAAACCGAGACGGCGGAAGCUCGGAAGCCGAAGCUGACAGCCGCUUUGCUCCGCUGUCCGACACGGACGACGCGAUGUCGCCGUCUUCCGACACCGACCACAGCGACGACACCAAAGAACCUUCGGACACUAAAGGUGACAACAAUCCGUUAACGUGCAGCCAGUGUGGGAAAGUGUUUGUCCAGAGGGGAAACUUGAACAGACACAUGAGAACGCACAGCGGAGAGAAACCGUUUGCAUGUUCGUACUGCACGAAGAGCUUCACCAGGAAAUCCGAUUUGAAGGUACACGUGCAGGCAAAACACACCGGCGAGAAACCUUUCAACUGUGACAUUUGCGCUAAAAAGUUCUCCGUGAAGAAAUACUUGAUGAUACACAUGAGGACACACUCUCUGGAUAAACCUUUCGCCUGCUCAGCCUGCGCCGCAGGUUUCUCGACAAAAGCCGAACUGGAAGCGCACGGCGACGGCGAGCGCUGCGGCGGAUCGCGAGCGGACGCGGACGACGCCGCGUCGCACUCUUCCGAGACCGAACCACCUCACAAGACGCCUAAAGGCGAGCCGACGCAGGCCGCCUACAACGCGCAGUGCAUCUGCGCCGAAUGCGGCAAAACGUUCACCCUGAAGGGAACUUUGAAACGACACAUGCGCACGCACACCGGAGAGAAACCCUUCAGCUGCGCCGUGUGCGCCAAGAGCUUCUCCACCAAGUCCGACAUGAAGACGCACGAGGAGACGCACACGGACGAGAAGCCCUUCGGCUGCACCGUCUGCAGCGAGACCUUCUCCCUCAAGCAAUACUUGAGGAUCCACAUGAAGCGACACUUUGCCGACAAGCCUUUCAGCUGCACCGUGUGCGCCAAACGCUUCUUCACCAAAGCGCACCUGAAGACGCACAUGCGGACGCACACGGGGGAGAAACCUUUCAGCUGCGAAGUGUGCGGCCGCUGCUUCUUCUGCAAGCGCGACGUCAGUACGCACAUGCGGACGCACACCGGGGAGAAACCCUUCACGUGUUCCGUGUGCAAAAAAGGCUUCUCCACCAAAGCGUACGUCACCAUGCACAUGAGGACGCACACCGGGGAAAGAUUGUUCAGCUGCGACGUCUGUCAUAAAAGAUUCACCUUUAAGUCGCAAGUCAACAGCCACGUGUGUACCGGGGACAAAAAAAGCAAUAAAGACGCUGAGGGACUUUAAAGGAGACAUUAUUUAUUUGUUUUAACCUCCAACAAUUUAAAACAGUUCACAGGUGUCUUAAUAAAAAGUCUCUGAGUUUCUUCAGAUGAACUCACCGACUCUUCGCUGAAAAACGCCCAACUGCGUAUUUUUGUGCUCUCCGUAACGUCCUCCGAUUUCGCCAAAGCCCUCCUUGCCGAUAAGUAGUUACCGGUGUCAAGGAAGUAGUGGAGUGAUACAAGUACAUCUCAAUAAAUUCCAAUAUGGUCGAAAGGACCAUUGGUUUCAGUACUCCUACAUUAUAUCGAUUCAUAAAACACUUGGGGAAAUACUUCUGUGUCGUUUGGCCAAGGCAGCGCCAUUGAGAAAACGGCAUAAAUGGUGCGGGAAAAAAAUGAUGUUGCGUGACAUCGAGUCCUUGGAAAUGAGACGCAACGUCGGCAGUAAUUUACAAGUUCAAAAUUCAGACGUACUCUAGUUAACAUGGUCGUCGAGCAACUGGCAAAUGAUUUGACUUUCUGUUGCUCGGAUUAAUGGCACGGGCGUGCGCUUUCCAAGCUGAAAUGGAUAGCGCCCUCUAGCGCUGACGUUAGCGAGCAGGAUAGCCGGUAUGUUUCGCUAAAUUAUUCAGAAAUAAGCCAAGCAAACAUAUGAGACAGACCUGUGAGGAAAUGUCCUUCAGGUUUGGGUCCCAGUCUGUCCCUUAGAAGUCGCUGCCACAUUUUGCAAUCUUCUCUGUACAACUUUUUACCACAAUGAUCCUCCUCACCUAUUUUUUUUUUUUUUUUUAAAGGGAAUCCUUAAAAAAAAAACCUGAAACUGUUUGUGGUAUAGCUGACGGGAAACUCCAAUCACAGCACGUCUUUGUCUUCAUUGCCAUUUCAGGACGGCCAUUGUUAGUCACUUUCUGCCAUCCGGAAAUAUCGUAGCGCUUUUGUUUACAAACAGGAAAUGGUCUAUGGAACAGGAACAUGUGAGCUGGCACGAUAUCUUAUUAACAAAUUAACAUAGCUAGCCUCAACCCCCCCCCCCUACUAAUGUCUUCAAAUUUGUGUAUUUAUGCAGCUUAUAUCUAUACAAUUUGAAUUAUGACCCUUUUUUUACUUUAAGCUAAACUUACUAAUAACCAGUAAUAAAAUGUCAGUAGCAAGUUAACGAGACCUUAUUGUGAUUAUUCCUUUGCUUAACGAGGUAAGGCGAUUGAGAACAGUUUCGAAUCGAGUGUUCAGUGCCUUGCCCAAGGACACUCCGGCAGUAGACAGUCCAACCAAUGAAGAUUUGAAAGAAAAAACAAAAAAUGCUUGACACGGGUGAAAUGAUCUUACACAAAACUGAAGAAAAGUCUUGGUAGACAAAGAACAUGCAUAUUUUGCCUUGAUUUGAGAUGUUCGGUCUUUUGUUUUAUUUAGACAAUGAUGGUAUCUAUGUAUCACUGAGAAACGUAAUGAAAUGGCUAAUUGGAAAGUAGUAAUUGCUAUUUUUAUGGUUGCUAUUUCGGGUUUCACCCAUGAAUAUGGGCAAUGGUCAACUUUUUUUUGGAGUCAUCUCUCGCAUGCUAAUGCAGAGUACAGCAUUUGUUACCGUGACAACCGGUGGCAAAGCCAGGGCUACGGCGCGUUGCCUACGUAGCGACUUUGUUCCAGACCUUUCUAGCGGCUAGUUUAAAAAAA